AUGAAUUCCGGCCUGACGGAACUAGAAAUGGGCGCCGUUUUGGAGCUGAUCCAGCUCGGCGGCGGCGGCUUCCCCGUCCUAUGGGUCGAUUAUCCGGCGGAAAAGGAUGGGUCUAUUUUGAUGAGCUGUUGGGACGGAGAUGUGGACAGAUCGAAUGAGCUCUCCAACUGUUCAGUCUGCCUCCAACACUGGACUGGUAUAUCCUUCGGCAAGGGAGACCUCCACAGGACAGAUAGAAUCUGCUCGCAUGCUUUGCAUUCCAUUCCAAUGUUUCAAAAGCAGUCUACCAAGCUGUCGGAGCAUAUUUGUGAAGAGAUGGACAAAUUUGUUAGAGUGAUCGUUUGGGGUUCUACACAAGACAAAAGAAAGUUGCAUUGUGUGCGGUCUUGCCUCCUUUAG